GAGUCCUCUCCCAUGACCCCACGAAUGGACAUGGACUAUGAAGACUCUAUGGAUGGCCCACCUCCUUCAGUGGCAUCUGUAGAUUCUGGAAUAAUAACUGGAACUCCAAAGGCUCUCAAGAAACCCCCAACUGGUAAGCAAUUUCAGCAGAUGACAGGGAAGAAACAAAUGACUGGAUACAUUUUAUUUUCUGCAGAAAUAAGAAAAAGUAUAACCCUGAAGAACCCAAAUGCCAACUUUGGUGAAAUUUCACGGUUAGUUGGAAUUGAGUGGAAGUGUUUAACAGAAACUGACAGGAAACUUUACGAGGACAGAGCUCAUCAGAUGAAUUUGGAGAGUGCUGAGAGAGCCUUGAGUGGCAAUGGUCCAGACUCACCUCAAACUACUCAGCAGUCAUCAACUCCUGACCUCCCCUUACCCAACAACCCAGAUGUUGUAUUUGAAUGCAUGUGGGAAAGCUGUGACUACAUGUUUGAAGAUCUCUAUGAUCUUAGUGAUCAUCUGUUACAAGAAAAUGGAGGUCAUGUUCACAAAGUAUCACAAGUGUUUGAGUGUGGUUGGCGUGGCUGUUCAAGGCACAAAAAGAGUUCCCUAGCUCCAUUCCCAAUGGUGCAGCGUCUGAUGAGGCAUGUAAGGGAGGUUCAUAUCCAGAAAAAUACAGGAAGAAUUAUACAGCAUCAAGAUCGCUCAAGAAAUUUUGUGGCAUCAUCACGUCGAUCUUUGGUUUCCCAGGAGCCUCCACAGACCACCCCUGCUCAAACAAGCUACCCAACAUCUGGCUCACCACACUCGAACAUUCAAGGUUUUGAAUCUAAGAUUCUAAUAGGCAUCUGUUUUAGAUAAAAGUGUGCAUGCCUUUACUUUGUUUUGCUUCUUUGAAACCAGGCACCUCUGAAGUCAUUCCAUACUCUUACAAUGUGCAUUUAAUUCAUGGAUCCUAGGGAUCCUCACAACUUUAAUGGUUGCUUUAUCCAAGUUAUAUGUUUGUUUUUGUAGUUAUUUAGUUUCAUUAUCUAAUCAAUUUUACAUGCUUAUUAUUAAUGAAAUGUCUUAUUUAUAAUACUUCUAUAUGCAAACAGUAUAGUUAAGAGGCAAGAGCCACAAAGAUAGUCUGAAAUUGCAAAUGCUGUUGAAAGAUUUUGAAGUUAGCAUAUUGUAUCAGCAGGGUUAUUAAGAUCACAGUUGGCCUAUGAGGCUACUUAUGGAUGCCCCUACCUGUGAUGCUAGUGUCAUAAUAUGCAUAAGUGAAUAAAUGGCCAUAAAUUUG